UUGACAUAUUUUCUUCUAGGUUCUAUGAUAUCUCACCCUUGUCCAAGAGUAGGACUACUUGUCCUCAUUAUACAGUCUAUAGUCGGAUAUCCUAAUGAACCAAUCGCCUCAUCACGUUCUGAGCCUACAAAUCAGUUAAGAUGUUGUUUUGCUAUGAAGAUCCCAGAAUGUUGUGAAGAAGGAGGUUUACAAAGCGCAGGAUUCUCCAAGGGUAGAACAGGACAGGGACAGCUAGAAGGACUAGGAGCAGGAGGCCGAGAAGGAGGCCUAGGAGCAGGAGGCCGAGUAGAAGGACUAGGAGCAGGAGGCCGAGUAGGAGGACUAGGAGCAGGAGGCCGAGAAGGAGGACUAGGAGCAGGAGGCCGAGAAGGAGGACUAGGAGCAGGAGGCCGAGAAGCAGAAGGAGUCACUGGAUUAGCAAUGGAAGAAAUACAAGGAGAGACCAGAGGGUUCAGAGUUGUGGCCCCAAAGAAGAGAAGUGAUGGAUGGGGGAUGAAGACUGCUCUGAAAAUGAAAAAGAUGAUGAGCAAGGAGAUAAUGUUGGCAGUUCCAGUGCAGGACAAGAAGGAAGGACGGGUCUUGAAUCCUGGAUUCAGGGUUCAGAAUCUAUUCUUGAAUCCUGGAUUCAAGACUCAGGAAAUAUCCUUGAAAGGGUUGGCAGACAAGUAUGAGAAUAAAAAGAAAAGAAUCAGAAGCCUCUUUGAUCAAGAUAUUCUCAAAUACCUCGGAUUACAGCAAAGUAUGGGCAAAAGAUACAUUGAUUUACAAAGAAGAAGAGAAUCAUCAGAUCUGAGUUCAGGGGAACCCAAGAACAAGGGUCCGAUAUAUCUGACCAACCAGGCCAUGUUCUCAGCGUGGGGAGGAAAAAAAUAAAAUAUUAAAUCUCACCGAUUCCGUCCAAUUGCAAUUGUUUAUGGGCUGGCAAUUAUAUGAAAGACGAAAUUUAAAGAAUGCACACAUUACAAUGUAUUUAAUAUAAUGAAACGUAUCCAUGAUGAAGAGGCUGUUUUAUUUUUUUGUGUUAAGU